UAACGUGACUCUCAUGAACGGGAAAUGGGAGCCGAGAGAACAUAACUCACCUCGGAACCUAGAAACACGUCUCCACUUUGUCCAGGUUUGUCCAUCGGUACCGUCCAGGACGGCCGCAGAGAGUGUCCUCGGGAGACACAGAGGUGUCCAGGAGGAAGACAGUUAUGGGGUCCCUGUUUCGAAGUGAGGAGGUGUGCCUGGUGCAGCUUUUCCUCCAGUCCGGCUCGGCUUAUAACUGUGUGAGCGAACUGGGAGAGCUGGGAUUGGUGGAGUUUAGAGAUUUGAAUCCUAACGUGAAUGCCUUCCAGAGGAAGUUUGUCAGCGAGGUCAGGCGAUGUGAAGAGCUCGAGAAGACUUUUUCCUUUCUGGAGCAGGAGAUCAAUCGCUCCCUGAAACCGCCCCUGCAGCGCCCCUUGCCCCCUCCGAUUCCGGUGCCUUCGGCCCCUCAGCCGCGUGAACUCAUCACCAUCGAGGAGGAAAGUGAGAGGCUGGCGAGAGAGCUCAGAGAGGUGUCCAGGAACAGAGACAGCCUCCGGGCUCAGCUCACGCAGCUCUCCCAGUACAAAGGAGUCCUGACGCAAACGCACUCGCUCACAGCCACGCAGGGACCACCACCUGUUUUGGAAAGCCACGGCCUGUUUGAUCACCGCCAAGAUAUCCGCCUUAGCUUUGUUGCAGGAGUGGUCCAUCCUUGGAAGGUCCCCUCGUUUGAACGGUUGCUGUGGCGGGCAUGUCGCGGUUACAUCAUCGUGGAUUUUAGAGAAAUGGAUGACCGACUUGAGCACCCAGACACGGGGGAAAUGGUGCAGUGGACCGUUUUCCUGAUCUCGUUUUGGGGAGAUCAGAUCGGACAGAAAGUGAAGAAGAUUUGUGAUUGCUUCCACACGCAGACAUUUGCAUAUCCAGAGAGCACAACAGAGAGAGAAGAAAUUUUGGAGGGCCUUCAAGGUCGGAUUGAAGACAUCAAAUCAGUGCUGUCUCAGACCGAAGCCUUUCUGCAGCAGCUGCUGCAGCGAGCCGUGGCUCUCCUGCCUCAGUGGAAGGUCCGGGUCCAGAAGUGCAAGGCCAUCCAGCUGGUGCUGAACCUCUGCAGCCCCUCUGUGACUGAUAAGUGCCUGAUCGCCGAGGCCUGGUGUCCCACCGCCAAGCUGCCGGAGCUGCAGAGCGCCCUCAGAGAAGGAGGGAGGAAGAGUGGCAGCGGCGUGGACUCCUUCUACAACCGCCUGCCCUGCUCCACCCCUCCUCCCACUCUGUUCCCCCUCAACUCCUUCACAGCUGGUUUCCAGAACAUUGUUGACGCUUACGGUGUGGCCAGUUACCGGGAGGUCAAUCCAGCGGUGUACACCAUAAUCACGUUCCCCUUCCUGUUCGCUGUGAUGUUUGGGGAUGUGGGUCAUGGAUUACUCAUGUCUUUGGCUGCCCUCUGGAUGGUCCUGGAGGAGAAAGACCCCAAACUCAAAAACAACAACAAUGAGAUAUGGAGGAUGAUGUUUGGAGGACGUUAUCUGAUUCUGCUGAUGGGCCUCUUCUCCAUCUACACAGGAGCCAUUUACAACGAAUGUUUCAGCCGAGGCAUGAAAACUUUCAACUCGGGGUGGCACGUCGGCCCAAUGUUUGACAACAACAUCUGGAACUCGUCGGUGCUGGAGGGGAACCAGUUCUUGUCCAUGGAUCCUAACGUGACCGGGGUUUUCACCAGCCCAUAUCCCUUUGGGAUCGACCCUGUCUGGGGUCUGGCUAAUAACAAGCUAACCUUCCUAAACUCGUACAAGAUGAAGAUGUCUGUCAUCAUCGGCAUCAUUCACAUGACAUUUGGAGUCUGCUUGUCGUUCUUUAACUACUGGCACUUUGGCAAAAUCAGCAGCAUCUUCUUUGUGCUGAUCCCAGAGCUGUUCUUUAUGCUGUGCCUCUUCGGGUACCUUGUCUUCAUGGUGGUCUUUAAGUGGAUCGUCUACACGCCUGCUAAGUCCAGAAUCGCUCCCAGCAUACUGAUCCACUUCAUAGACAUGUUCCUGUUCACAGACAACCCAGAGAACCCCCAGCUGUACACGGGUCAGCUUAUAGUUCAGAAGGUCCUGGUGGUGCUGGCCCUGUGUUCAGUCCCUGUCCUCCUGCUGGGGAAACCCCUGUGUGAAUAUGUCGCAUUCAAAUCCAAACGGCGGCGACGCAUCGACGAGGAACGACAGCCGCUGGUGGAUGACGAAGGCUCGGUCAACACUCGGCAGGGGGAGGUGGAGGGCGGCCCGGCUGACGAGGAGGAGUUUGAUGCUGCAGAUGUGUUCAUGCAUCAGGCCAUCCACACCAUCGAGUACUGCUUGGGCUGCAUCUCCAACACGGCCUCCUACCUACGGCUCUGGGCCCUUAGCUUGGCUCAUGCACAGCUGUCCGAGGUGCUGUGGGUCAUGGUCAUGCGUCUGGCGCUGAAGUGGGAGGGCUACGUCGGAUCUGCUCUGCUUUUUGUGAUUUUCGCCGCCUUCGCCGUGUUGACCGUCUCCAUCCUCCUGGUCAUGGAGGGGCUCUCGGCUUUCCUGCACGCGCUUCGUCUGCACUGGGUGGAGUUUCAGAAUAAGUUCUACAGCGGGACGGGCUAUAAACUCAGCCCAUUCUCUUUCAACUCUCUUAUCCACGCUUCAGCUGCUAUAUGAUGGGCCAAAAAGUACAAAUCAGUUCAAUUAACAGAAAUAUAAGUGAAUCUUAAUGGUAUUCUUUUGCCUGUAUGCCAUGAAAUGGUUAAAUUAAUUUGCACAAUAAUCAUGAUGAAUAAUGCUGACUGUUAUUUUUACAUCAAUAGAAAAACAAAAUGUGUCCACUUGAUUAUGACAUUGUUGUAUGAAAAUAUUCUUUCGGAUCCCCUUUGUAAUAUUUUAAACAGUGUUACACAAUACUCUCAAAUUAAAUUGAUUACAAACAUGAAUUAUGAAAAGAAAAGGGAAAGCACAUCUGCAAAUGAGUCUGUUUUGCUGUUUAAGGGAAUCUGACACUGAUGACUUGAUGAAUGUUUCAGUCUGAAUGAUAUUCAUAAACCAAAAACUCUUUUCCCUCAUGAUCAUGUCCCAACAUGUUUAGUGCCUUAUUGGAGUUGUUUAUGUAGGCGUUAUGUUUAGAUCACCGCUGCUGUUGUCACGCCACUACAAAACCAUUCAGUUGACAUGUUGUCUUUUUUUUGGUUUGUUUUUGCCAUUUAACUGUAUACAUUUGAAUAAACUGAAAAUUAAAUAAAA